AUGCCGCAUUCCAUGUUCUCGACUAUAUCAUCUCGGUGGACAGCCGCCAGCAGUUUAUUUCCCUCCUCGUCCGGUUCCUUCUACACCAGAAUGCGUUACGCAAAGUCCAACGACGAAUUUAUCGGCACCGUUGAGCCCAACGCGAACGUAGAGGAUAAUGGAGCACUUCCAACGCUUCCAGAAUCCGACAGCGGAAGUUCAAUAGAAGAGCAGAAGAUUAUGCUUGUCAACAGAGCUCUCGAUGAUACAGGCUUUGGAUUUUACCAAAAGAGUAUAUUUCUUCUAUGUGGCUUCGGCUACUUUCUCGACCUUGUUUGGGCACAAGCAUUUGGUCUCAUUGCUACUCCACUAACUCAGGAGCUUAAUGUUAGCUCCGGAGCUUCAGGACACCUGGAAACUGCUUUCGCAACCGGCCUGACCGUUGGCGCCUUCACCUGGGGCAUCCUCGUCGACGUCAUUGGCCGGCGAUGGGCAUUCAAUCUUACCCUCCUCAUCACGGCCACCUUCGGCCUUCUCAUCGGUGCUCCCUCAAGUUACACAGGCGUAUGCAUCCUCGCAGCCUUCACAGGUUUUGGACUGGGUGGAAAUAUACCGAUAGACUCUACUAUUGUGCUCGAGUUUGUGCCACACAGCAAACGAUGGGUCAUCGUCGCUCUCUCCGUGUUCCAGCCUCUCGGGGUCAUCGUUUGCUCCGCAAUCCUUUGGGGCAUCAUUCCAUCCUACUCUUGUGAUCCAAACCCGGACCCGAUAACGGGUCCGAUACCUUCCUGCAGAGUUGCCUCUCCUGGAACCCCUUGCUGUAGCCGAUCGAAUAAUAUGGGCUGGAGAUAUGGGAUGUUCACGCUAGGUGCAAUCACGCUCGCUUGCUUUCUUGUCCGGUUCUUCCUCUUCACAUUCGAGGAAAGUCCCCGGUUUCUUAUAAACCACGGUCACGACGAACUCGCCAUUAAGUCUCUGCACGCCAUCGCGAAGAAGAAUGGAAAGGAGUGUCUUCUAUCCCUGCAGGAUUUCCAUGAUCUCGAAGACGAUUUUGGUUCCCGGAACAACCGUUCGCAAGACAGGCAGGAUGCGGUAAAGAGCAAGCUGACAAGUUUGAUGCACCUCAAGCCUCUACUCACUCAGCCGAGGCAAUUGUUCAGUACCCUCGUUUUGUUCCUGGUUUUCAUGUGCGACUACUGGGGUUUCACCAUUGCCGGAUAUUUCCUACCCAUCAUCCUUGCCCAAAAGGGCGCUUCAAGGGAUAUACCCCUCUCCGAGACGUACCGGAAUUACGUCCUCAUCGCCAUCCCCGGCAUUCCCGGUGUGCUCCUCGGUGCCUUCCUCGUCCAAAACCCCCGCCUCGGCCGCAAAUACUCCAUGUUCCUCUCCGCCGCCCUAAUGUCCCUCUCCCUCUUCCUCUUCACCGUCAUCGACUCCCAGAGCGCCAACGUCGGCUUCAACGCCAUGGAAUACUUCUUCCAGUCCAUGUUCAAUGCCAUCCUGUACGGAUACACGCCCGAGGCGUACCCGAGCGUGAUAAGGGGCACGGUGUUCGGGACGGCGAGCAUGUUGGGGCGGUUGACGAGUAUCGUGGCGCCGUUGAUUGCGGAGGGGUUGUUGAAGAAGGGAACGAAUGGGGUGCUUUAUCUGGCUGGGGGAGGGGUGGGGUUGGCGGCGCUUUUGACGCUGUUUUUGACAGAGACGAAGGGGAGGCAGUCGUUAUGA